AUGGCCGGUGAAGAUUUGCCUCCACCAUCUUCUCAUCCUGCUUAUCCUGUCAAGAAAAGUGGCACUUUUGAAAUUUCUGCAGAUUCCUUGAAGGCAGAUUUCUCAAAUCCUUAUUUCACUUACCACUCAGACAAUCCAGAAAUUGCAGACAGUGUGAUAUAUUAUCCCACUGCUCAUGAAGUUUGGGAGGAUCUUCGUGAGCGAUUCUCUCAAAGAAACGCACCUCGAAUCUUUGAGAUUCAACGAGAUAUAGCUUCUCUUCGACAAGAACAACUCUCUAUCUCUGCUUACUAUACCAAACUGAAGAGCUUAUGGGAUGAAUUGGCCACAUAUUCAGAUGCUUCAUAUGGAACACAAGCAGAUCAACAAAAACUGAUGCAAUUCUUGAUGGGUUUGAAUGAGACUUAUAAUGCAAUUAGAGGUCAAAUCCUCUUGAUGAAUCCUUUGCCCUCAAUCCGACAAGCUUACUCACUAGUCACCCAAGAAGAAAAGCAGCGCAUCCUCAGUUCGGUGAUCUCACUCGGCGAUUCAAGUACUAGCACCGCAGCUAUGGCAGCAAUUCACAGCAAGACGACUCCUUCUACAACAAUAAGAACUGAGCAACAAUUACAAAGUUUUAAUGGAUCUCCUCCUCAAGCACGAGAAUUCAUAGGACGCCAAGAUAAAGAUCGACGUCAUGGUUCCGGAAGAGGUCGCCCUAUAUGCAAAUAUUGUGGAGAUUUGGGCCAUUGGGCCCAAAAGUGUUUUAAGCUACAUGGAUAUCCACCAGGCCACCCAAAAUCAAAGAAGAAUUUUAGCCAAAAUUCAAAUAGAGAUAUUCAUUCGGCUAACCAUGUUUCUGAGGCAUCAAGCCGAAAGAUGAAGGAUCUGGCUACGAGGAGGACGAUUGGUUUGGGUAAACAAUGUGACGGAUUGUAUUAUUUGAUGGCACUAGAAAGCAGGAUAUCUCCUCAUCCUCAAACCGAUCGAUCCCCGCAAUCUCACCAUCUCACCCAUCGACCUGGCAUAAUCGGCUUGGCCAUGUCUCACCAUCUCGUCUGA